GUUCGACGCAGACCAACGCGUUGCAGUCACUCGUUGCGACCUUGGGCGACCAUUUCCCGAGCUCCCGUUGCUUUUCCUCUUCAACAACCGAAUCUACGUUUCUUGCUUAUACUUCCAGCCUACUCUCGGAAGGAGUGUCGGAUUGUGCUCUUGACUGCAUCAUUUAUUUUUCCUUGGAUAACCAAAAUACUCCAGAAUGCGACCAGCAGAUGAAUCCAGGAGUGACGAAUCUCAAGCUAGCCAACUAAUGAAAGCAAUAUUGCCACAGCGAACUUCAAGCUCGAAGAGAUCGCGUCGAACGGAUCUCGUUACCGCUGUGAUCAACAACGGUAUGCCAGCGCCACAAGCCUUGACAAGUCCGACGAGGAAAUCUACCCCUUCGCAACAACAAGUGCUUGGGCACGCUGGGACACAGCCAGAGUCAGAGUCUCAAGGAAAUGAGCAGUUGGAUUCCACAGGUUCACAGAAGGAGAACAGUCCAGGAUCGAUGGACAGUGACAAAUCCGGCCCGCCUUCAAAUGCGGCGCCUCCGAAACGCACGAAGAAUACUUCAAAAGCGAAGGUGGCAGAUCAGAGUCCUGCUGAUCACAUGUCAACGAAAGCCGUCGUGCCAUGGGCUUCCAUGAACCCACCUAUUGCUGCAAUCGUCAGAACAAAGGAAAUGAAUCCCUGUGACCCUCCUGUGCCAUCAUCUAAGAUGAUACCAUACUAUGGUGGCAGUGUCUCGCGCCCAGCGAUCGUCCCUGCGAGAAGCACGGCUCGUGCACCGAGGAAACGAUCGCCGUCCCCUGCAUCGCAAGAUUCUUUCGCAGGCCCGCUUCCUGCCGAGGACCAAGAGAAAUUAUAUCUACAGCAUACGAAGGCCUUCAAUGUACCUCUGUCGGAGCUGGGGCAGUUGAGCCACAGCACGCAUAGUAGAUCCGUGGCCGAACAGUCGGCGACAACCCGUACUCAGGAGUUCUCCAUCACAUGUCGCCCGCAUUCUUGUAGCCGCGACGCCCGAAAAUUCGUCCGAUGACUCACAGGAAAUCUAUGUGCAAAGUGGCCGGUCAUUUCCCUCACAUUCUCAGGCUGUCAACUCGUACCGUCGAGGUGAUGGGUCUCAAUCGUCCGAUGAAUUCACUGCAGGCCAAGGCCAAGAAAUUGGCGGGUCGU